AUGAUUAUGAAAACUCUGACACUUCUGAUUCCGGUUAUGAAUAAUGAAUCUUUAACAAUCAUAGAGAAUUCUGUUUAUUAGGUGCUGCUUGAUUUAACCCCCGAAACUUUUUAAAGAUCUUAUGUUGUUAAAAAUGUGAAUAUACUGAACUUGAUUGGGAAUGUGAUGUCGAUAUAGACAAAGGUAAUGAAAGAACUGAUCUAUAAGGUUACAGAAGUAUAGUUGGAGUUAUGGCAAGUAUUAUCUACAUGGUUAUAUAAAUUAAAUAAGUAGUCGGUGUUAACUUUUGAAGCUAAAAGAAAUCUUGAAUAUUUAAAAUGA